AUGGCGGAGCCCACGCUGUGUGCCUUCCUCACCAAGGUGCUGUGCGCGCACGGCGGCAGCAUGCUCCUGCAGGAUCUGCGCGCGCACGUGGAGCUGGCGGAGGCGCGGCUGCGCGCGGUGCUGCGGGAGGCCGGGCCCGCGCGCUUCCUGCUGCAGGACGCCGCGGAGCCCGAGAGCCUGGCGUUGGCCGGAGCCGCCGCAGCCCCGGGCGGCGACGACGUGGCCUGCAGGGUGGUGGCCGUGUCCUCCGCGCGCCUCUGUGCGCGCUACCAGCGUGCCGAGUGCCGCGCCUGCGACCAGCUGCACCUCUGCCGCCGCCACAUGCUGGGCAAGUGCCCGCACCGGGACUGCUGGUCUACCUGUACCUUAUCCCAUGACAUCCACACACCUGGCAACAUCCAAGUCCUGAAAAACCACGGGCUUUUUGGCCUCAACGAGGCCCAGCUUCGGAUCCUGCUUCUGCAGAACGACCCCAGCCUUCUCCCCGAGGUCUGCUUACUCUACAACCGAGGGGACGCGCUUUACGGCUACUGCCCCCUCAGGGACAAGUGCACCAAGUUCCACGUGUGCAGGUCCUUUGUCCGCGGGGAGUGCAAGCUCCCCAACUGCAGACGGUCCCACCAGCUCAUCCAGGACGCCGCCCUCAAGGUGGUCGAGGACCAGGGCCUGAGCCUCGGGAGCACCAUCCAUUUCCAGAUCAUCGCUGCCUACAAGCACAUGACGCUGCACCGAAUGCUGGGGAGUCCAGGUGAGAGCCUGGCGGGGAGUCCAGGUGGGAGCCUGGCGGGGAGUCCAGGUGACAGCCUGGCAGAGAUGCGGGCGGAGCCCUCAGCCAUGCCCGGUGGGGACAGGGCCAACUCUGGCUUCUGGGAGCUCGUUCCUGCUUCUGGUGCUGAGCCUGCCAAGGGCCCUGGGAAGCAAGGGGCACGAGGAGCCGUGGUUGCAGCGGCCAGUCGGCCUGUCUCUGCCCCUGCGGCCAAGGAGCCGGGCCCAGGAAAACCCCACAGGAUGUCGGUGAAGUAG